CCAGCCAGCCAGCCAGAGAGAGAGAGAGAGAGAGGUAGCAACUCAGACGGUAUUGAGUGAGCGUGGAGGCAGCCAGGACCAGACACGCUAGACAUUGCUCUCCGCCUUAUUAGAACCAUGAGCACACCGCUAUCUGGCAACCCACACGUCUUUCUUGAUGUGCAGCAUGGUGUGGAGGUCGUUGGUCGUAUAGUGCUUGAGCUGUUCUCCGGCACUUGCCCCAAGACUGCUGAGAAUUUCCGAGCAUUAUGCACAGGCGAGAAGGGCGUGGGCACCAAGGGCGUCCCGCUGCACUACAAGGGAUGCACUUUCCACCGCAUCAUCGAGAACUUUAUGAUACAAGGCGGCGACUUCACGAACCACGACGGCACGGGUGGGGAGAGCAUCUAUGGGGAGAAGUUCGCCGACGAAAACUUCACCCACAAGCAUGUGUCCGAGGGGAUCUUGUCCAUGGCUAACGCUGGGCCAGGGACAAACGGCUCACAGUUUUUCAUCACCCUGGCCGACACACCACACCUGGACGGCAAGCAUGUGGUGUUUGGCCGUGUGGUUAAGGGCAUGGGGGUGGUGAAGUCGCUGGGCAAGGUGAAGACCGAUGGGGACAGGCCGGUUGAGCGCUGCCUCAUCACUAACUGCGGGGAAUUCAGCCCAGGAGAAGGCUUUGGCAUCGUGGACGAGGACGGCACCAAGGACGCAUACCCACAAUACCCCGAGGACGCUGAUGUGGAGUUCGCUGAUGCAACGAUGGAGGAGCUGGUGGCAGUGGUGAGCAACAUCAAGGACUCUGGCAACACUUUCUUCAAGGACCAGAAGUACCCAGUCGCUGUUUUCAAGUACAAGAAGAGCCUCGCCUACCUCAAUUACAUCAAGGACAACUGUGUGGGGGAAAGGACAGACUUCUCCCCGGAGGAUUUGGGUACCCUAAGCAGCCUGGCGGUGUCCUGUCUGCUCAAUCAUGCCCUGUGCUGCUCAAAAAUGGGGCAGUUUGACAAGGCUAUUGCUGAUUGUAAUAAGGCGCUUGAAUUGGACGCAAAUAACCCCAAGAUCUAUUUUCGCCGCGGCCAAGCAUACAACCUCAGCAACGACGUGGAGUCAGCGCGAGCCGACCUGCAGAAGGCGCGGGAGCUGGAACCGAACGACAAGGGGAUACUGAAGGAGCUGGACAGUGUUACCAGAAAGAUUAAGGCACAGAGGGAGAAGGAGAAGAAAAUUUACUCCAAGUUGUUUGAGUAGUUGGUGGUGUAACUUGUCUGCUGUCUGAGUUGUCUGUUCCUCUCUCUCUCUCUCUCUCUCUCUCUCUCUCUCUCUCUCUCUCUCUCUCUCUCUCUCUCUCUCUCUCUCUCUCUCUCUCUCGUUCGUCUUAUUGUUGUUAUUGUUUGUGUUUUCUGUUUUUUUUUUCUUUUGUUUCUCUAUCUCUUCUUGUUUUCUUGUUGUUGUUGUUGUUGUUGUUCUUGUUCUUGUUUGUCCUUUUCUGUCUUUUGUGUGUGUUUUUUCUUGUUUUCUCUCUCUCUUCUUGUUCUUGUUCUUCUUGUUUGUCUUUUCUGUGUUUUUCUUGUGUGUUUUCUUUUGUUUUUCUCUCUUCUUCUUGUUCUUUUUCUUGUUGUCCUUGUUUGUGGUAAUUCUUACUUUUGUUUUGUUAGUUUUUUCUCUUCUUUCUUUAUUUCCUAAGUUCUUUUUCUCUCUCUUCCUUCUUUUUCUUAUCUUUCCUUCCUUCCUUCCUUCCUUUUUGUUUUUUUUUCAGUUUCUUGCCUUCCUUCCUUCCUUCCUUUAAUUAUUUCUCCUUUCUUUACUUUCAUUCUCUUUAUUUCCUUGUGUCUCUAUGUUUUCUUCCAUCCCUUUAUUCAUUUCUUUCAAUCUUUCUUCUUGCUUCUUCUUACUGCUUCUUAUGAUUCUCUUUCUGUUUCCUUCCUAUCUAUACUGUUCAUUCCUCCUCCUCCUCCUCCUGCUGCAAGACUCCACCAUUGAUCAGAAGUGCUUCAUUAAAAUCUAGGUAUUUAUAUGUGAAUAACUUGGAAGUGUUUUUGUACCAAUAAUUAUUAAGGUGCUGUACUUUUAACAUAAUUUAUACUGCCCACCUCAUCCCGCCUGUGUGAGUGUCUGGCUGACUGACUGACUGACUGACUGACUGACUGACUGACUGACUGACUGGUUGACUGAGUGGCUGGGAAAGUGCCAGUUCGUGUCAGUUCGUGUGUCAGUCUGUCAGCAGCCAAAUAUUUUAUACUGUCUUGUCAUACGAGGUAAAAAAUAUUGAUAAAAUGAUG